AUGAAAAAGUAUUCAUAUCCACCUAUGUUUGAUUCACAGAAUGGAAAAGAUUUCCAAUACAGUUUAUCUAUCAAUUCAUCAAGGUCUGAUACAUCUACACCAUCUUUUCAAGAAUGUUUUUCAUCAGUUGAACAAUUAUCUGGUCCGGUGGCUAAAUUGAAUGAAAUUAUUCAAGAUCUUAUCGACUAUAAGAAUGAUGCUGAAUUUGCAGCCAUGAAUGCUUCAAAUUUGGCUAAACAACUUCAUCCUAAUACUUCGAUAGAUGAAACAUUUCAAAUUAUAUCGUAUAUUCAUAAACUUGCACGUUAUCAAGCUGCACGCUGUGGAUUGGAGUUUAUCUGUAGUUCCCAGUCAAUUUUUAAUGUAACCGUAUCAUAUUGUUUGCUGAAAGGGACUACUAUGUACAUACAAAUACGCUUAUUAUCCCAUAAGAUCUUUAAUUUUGACCGAGUCUGUUAUACUUACCGGUUCAUUGUUAUUAAUUUCCACUGUGUCGCUGUUCAAGGAGUUAUUCGUAUCCUACAAACAACCAAAGAUGCUGAUCUACAAUCAGAAGCUGCUGUUACACUUCAGUUGUUAACUAAAGCAUUGCCUGGUGCAAAAUUAGCUUGUGAAGAGAUUGGUAUGUUAGCCCUGGUCGAAAUGUUAAGACAUCCAUCUGAAGUGAUGUAUACAACUUCCUUAUACGUCCUCAAUCAACUGUUAUGGCAUCUACCAAAUUCUGCACGUCCAGAAUUUCGAUCUUAUGAUGGACAGUUGAAUCUAAUCUAUUUACUUGAAGGGAAUCGUUUAAAAGAUCCUAAUUGGUUACUUAUCUGUUUGGAUACACUACGUAUGGCAGUUUAUGAAAGCAGUGAAACAAAGUUAUCAUUAACAUCAACAAAUAUUUAUCAAAUUAUUGUAUGUCUUUUACGAACUUAUCCUAAUAACAUGAAAAUAGCCUACAAUAUAGCAAGACUGGUUAAAGUAUUGAGUGUAUGCAAUGAGAAUAAAGUCAAACUAGUUGAAGCUGGAGCUGUCGAAGCAUUAACUCCAUUGUUAAAUUGUGCUAAUGAAGUACUACAAUUGGAGACACUGUGGGGAUUACGAAAUAUCAGUGAUCAAGCCUAUCAUCUGGUGGCGACAAAAAAUCUUAUCCCAAUACUAAUCAAUCUGUUGGCUAGUAAAAAUGAGCAUAUAUCUAUUUGUUCUGCUGGAUGUUUGUGUAAUUUAACCUGUCAAAAUGUACAGAAUAAAAGUUUACUCGUUGAAAAAGGUGGUGUCAAAGUUCUCUGCAGGCUGUUAUGCUUAAAUCCAGAUCGACAAGAGAUAGCUGAGCCUAUCUGUUCAGCAUUAAGGCAUGUAACUCAUCGUAAUCCACAUGCUAAUGCAGCAGUCUAUGAAGUACGUAACAGUGAAACUCUGCCAACUAUAGCCUCAUUAUUUGUGAAGUAUCAAUUUGUAUCUGCCUUACCUUUACUGAAAUCAGUUGUUGGUCUUGUUCGAAAUUUAUCCACUGAAGAGGUGACACGUCAUGAAUUGAAAGAUCUAAAUGUACCAGGAAUGGUUGCAAAUAUCUUUUCACAAACUUAUACCUCAUUGAAUGAAAUAGGCAAACAAAAGAAUUUUAUUUCACAUGGAUAUAUGGAAGGUGUAAAUCUUGAAGACAUGCUUGAAUUAACUCUUGCUGCAUUACAUAUUAUGGCUAAAGAUCAAUCUGUUCAAGAAGAGUUAAUUCAUACAGCUGGUCUAGUUUCAUCUGUUGUACGAUUAGUUCAUUCUCCAUCUGUAUGUUUACAACGUGCUUCAACUGCAUUUUUAAGCCAGUUGUCAACUUCGCGUUCUGGUUGUCAAGCCAUUGAAAAUCAAGGUGCUUGUCCAAGACUCACUGAACUAAUUCAAUCCAACAAUGAAUAUAUUGCUGCAUACACCGCUGCUAUCUUACAUCGUAUUGCUCAAGAUAAACCAGAAGCAUAUAGACGACGAUUAUCAUUGGAAUUACGUCAGUCACUUUUUGAUGGUGGUCUUCUCAACGAUCCACUUGAUAACGAUCCAUAUUUAACAAGUUCUUCAAGAAUUACUGAAAGUAUACCAAACUUUACUUCACAUAUAACUGAUCAAAGAUCAAGAAAUCUAUCUGAUUCGAAUCUGAGACAACGUUUAAAGUAG